UGCGGCUUUGCGCCUUGGGAACGCCAAGUGCAGAUCCGGGUGGGUGAAGUAAGUGGUUUUGGGAGGGAAAAGCUUGCUUGGGGGUAGGGGAGGAAGCUGAGUGUCGAGGAUAGAUCUGAUUGAGGGGGAAACCAAAAGGCUCUGCUAAUUCGGGCGAGGGGCCAGUCCCGAGCAGGCUUCUGAUGGGAAGGAAAAGGGAUUUGAGUCCGAAGGUUGCUGGCCGGGUGUGUAAAUACAGAUGGGGGAGGCGCAGAGAGGAGAAAUGGAGCCUUGGAAUGCUGGGGCCCCGGGGACCUUGGGAAGGGAGGCUUCUGGGUGACUGGGAUGGGGCGAUCUCCCUCUCCUGGAGAAACAUACCUCCCGGCGAGAUUCUGAAUGCGUUGGUGUCUUGGGCGGUGACUGAGUGGUUUAGAUCAUGGACCAGGGAUGCUUUUCCUGGCUCUAAGAGGACUUAAGUCCCCCUUCUUUCUCUGGCACCAGCUUCUGCACCCUUCCACCUCCUCGGCCAGGUUUGUAGACCCACGCCCACCUUCCCUACAGGGUGCUCUGGAGUUAAGGACGUUUCCAUAGCCGCAUUGUGGGAAGGGGAUUCCUGGCACCCGGGGAGGACUGUGUGCGGUGUAGGGGGAGACUCCCCAGCUCUGAGACUGUAGACCGGGGUCCGAACCGGUUGGAGCAGAGCGCAGGGGUGAAGGCUGCACUGGGAGCCACCUCCCCCACCUCCCUCCGCAAAUCGCACCUGGCGGAGCAAGGGAGUGGGGGAGCCCGGUGCUGAGCCUGGGGAGGCUCAGGAGCGCAGAGCUGCAGGGAGUGCAGGGUGAUGGGGUAUGGACAUUGGAUGAGGGAAGACCCAGCAGAUCAGGGGCUCCGUGCGGAGGUGGGCUGUCUAGUUUGCUGCCCCAAGGUAGAUCUUUCUGGUUGUUCCAGAUCCCUUGGCCAAUGCAGGAAGGGAAGGCUCUUUUCUCUUUUGCACCCCAGCAGUCUGGGAUGGAAGAGCAUUUGCGGGAGGGGGCUUAGACUGCUGUUGCAAAAAAGGGGGGCAGCCCCCGGGGCCCCAUUUAUCCUGGUGGGGCACACACUGAGCUGCUAAAGGCCUGGAUGCACCCCAUUUAACCCUUCUCUCUUUGAGUUGGUUCACGCCCAUCUCCUACCAGCGCCUUUGGCUUAGAGUUCGGUUCUCGUUCCCUACUGUACCUAUGAGAGAAGAAUUUGGAGGUUGCAUGGAUCUGGAGACGUGUAAAACCCUCUGGUCCUCCCUGUUCAAACCUCCCACGUGCAGGCUUUUGGGGGUGCCACUGGCUCUGCACUUGCCCUGUAGACGUCUCCUGCUCUCCCGCACCAACUAGGAGAAAACACAGCUCAACGCAGUCCCCUUUUUGGGCCCCACUCCUUGGCCAGACCCUUCCGGAAGAGACGUCGACUGGCAAGGGCUCCGGGGAGGAGUCCCGAGGUCGGCCCUCCCAUCCCGGGACACCCCGGGAGCCGCGAGUUCCCUGUCGCCCAGCGGCAAGCUUCAGAGCCCCAAGGAGCGGGAACGGGGAUUCCCUCCGCUCCUGCUCGGGGGCGCUGCGCUUGAGCACCAAGGCCACACCCUCACAGGCCAGGCACCGGGGAGAGAGCGUUGGCUUCUUCUGAAUUACCUGGAUACCUGAGGGAUUUCAAAUGAAACUUGGAGGAAUUUGAAGCAAGAUGAAAAAUUCUCCAGCUUGGAAACUGGUGCUCAGCAAACAGGUUACAGAUGUAUCCAAGCAAGGACAAGAAUAAUGGAGAGACACGUGUGUUAGUGGCAGCCUUUUGAACCACGCAAGAAGGAAAUCAGCGGUGUGGACAGGGCUGGAACCGUUGUCAUGCUUGUUUGUUGGAGUAAAUGAGGAAUGGGCUUGUGAUUAUGCUGACAUUCCAGCAUGAAUCUGGUAGACCUGUGGUUGACCCGUUCCCUCUCCAUGUGUCUCCUCCUACAAAGUUUUGUUCUUAUGAUACUGUGCUUUCAUUCUGCCAGUAUGUGUCCCAAGGGCUGUCUUUGUUCUUCCUCUGGGGGCUUAAAUGUCACCUGCAGCAAUGCAAAUCUCAAGGAAAUACCUAGAGAUCUUCCUCCUGAAACAGUCUUAUUGUAUCUGGACUCCAAUCAGAUCACAUCGAUUCCCAAUGAGAUUUUUAAGGACCUCCAUCAACUGAGAGUUCUCAACCUGUCCAAAAACGGCAUUGAGUUUAUCGAUGAGCAUGCCUUCAAAGGAGUAGCUGAAACUUUGCAGACUCUGGACUUGUCUGACAACCGGAUUCAAAGUGUGCACAAAAACGCCUUCAAUAACCUGAAGGCCAGGGCCAGAAUUGCCAACAACCCCUGGCACUGCGACUGUACUCUACAGCAAGUUCUGCGGAGCAUGGCAUCCAAUCACGAGACAGCCCACAACGUGAUCUGUAAGACUUCUGUGUUGGAUGAACAUGCGGGGAGACCAUUUCUCAAUGCUGCCAAUGAUGCCGACCUUUGUAACCUCCCUAAAAAAACUACCGAUUAUGCCAUGCUGGUCACCAUGUUUGGCUGGUUCACCAUGGUGAUCUCAUACGUGGUAUAUUAUGUGAGGCAAAAUCAGGAGGAUGCCCGCAGACACCUUGAAUACUUGAAAUCCCUGCCAAGCAGGCAAAAGAAAGCAGAUGAACCCGACGACAUUAGCACUGUGGUAUAGUGUCCAAACUGACUGGCAUUGAGAAAGAAAUGUGUGUGCAAUUGCAGUAGAAUAAGUGGUUUACUUCUCUCAUCAGUUGUAAACAUUUAAAACUUUGUAUAUCAGUUUCUUUUGAAUUAUGCCACUGUUGAACUUUUAACAGACAUGACAACAUAACAAAUGAUUUUAGUUUAGGUGAUCCACCCCUCCGUUGUACCCCCCGGUGGUAUAUCCCUGAGUCAGCUACUAUCUGAACAUUAUUUAGCUCCAUCUCACUAUUUAAUAAUGAAAUUUAUUUUUUUAAUUUAAAACCAAAUAAAAGCUUAACUUUGAACCAUGGAAAACAGAGUGACUUAUUGGUCAAGAAAACAGUAGAGUUAUUCCAUUUGUAUAGGAAAGGGCAGCAGACAACCCUGGUGAACCUAAAGAGCUAGCAGAGUGAAAGAUGUGUCAUUAAACCCUACUGUACACUGGGGAGCCGUAGCCAAAUUAUUUACCAAGUAAAGUAUCUGUCAGACUUUAGAAUACCAAGCCUUGGUGAACCCAGGUGAUAACACAGUGAGGUGUCCUACAGAGGUUUAGUCAAUUGAGAUGCCGCUAAAUGUUUGUUAUCUAAAAGUUGGUGUGUAUAGCAAUAAAAAGAUACAACUUCUACUUUUUUUCUAGAAACACAGAAAAGAAAAAGGCUACCCAUAAUCUGUUCCCAACAUUACCUUCUAGUGGACAGGGGCGUGUGACCAACAUAGAAAUAGCAAUGCUGAAAAGGAAGGUCCUAAUAGUCACGUAGCAUCAGCUGUGCGCAUGCACUGUGCAAGUCAUUUGUAUAGUAGUACGUCUGUAAGCCCUCACUGGAACAGGAAAGGUGACAACUGUACCUCAUUUACAUAAGAGGAAACUGAGGGUGAAAGAUGUUCAAUGACCUGCUAGGUAAAAAACUUCAGAACUUACCCAAGUCUUCCUCUCUCCAAAGAUUGAGGUCUUCUCAUUAUGUUCCUACUGGGCUGGUUUAAAGAGGUAUAAUCUGCAUAUUUAAAAAUGCACCCAUAUUAAGUGUACAGCUCAAUAAGUUUUAACAAAUGUAUACGCCUCAAGAUAUUAUGUCCCUGACAUUGUUCAGAAAUAGAGGAAAGCUCAUUUGUUCUUAAAAUAGGGAAUUGUAGGGGCUGGGAGUGGCAUUAAGGUGUCAUUACAGUUAAUCCUUGAAAUUUGGGUGGGAUCUCAUCAGAUGGUGAUGUAGCCAAGGAAGGUAGAGGAAGCAGAGGGAGCAAAGGGAUAAAAGUGUAGGGAGGUAUUAGGGGUGAAGGAGUCUAUGUAGGGUGAAAUGAGACACAAAUUGGAGCCAUACCAUGGGGAUCUGGGUUCCAGACUCAGGAAUAAGAGUCACUGCAUUUAUGGAACACUUACUAUGCCCCGAGUACUUUUUUGAGAUUCUCUUAAUCCACACAAUUACCCUAGGAGAUAGUCUUUUGUGAAUGAGGAAUCAGAGACACAGGAAUUUAAGUAAUGAAUUCAGGACCCUAGCACUUAUAAUACACAAAGCAGAUAAGGGAACCCCUUCAGCCAACUCCAGAACCUACAGUCUUCUGAACCACCAAACUGUGUUACUUCAUAGUCAUAGACUUUACUACAAAAAGUUGCUGGUUUCCCAGACCCAGAGGUUUUCAGACUCCUAAGUGAGGGUUUCAUUUAAAAAUAACAGGAAAAAUAGCCCUUUGUGAGCUUAAGUAGGAAGGAGGUAUCCUUUGCCAUUUUGACCCACCUCACCAUCUGCAGUCCAUAUUAGGUUACCUGUGGGCUUCCAGGAAUCACAUUUCUGCCUUUAGAAGGCACUACGGUUUUUAAACACACCAAUUGUCUCUAAAAUGGUUACCAGCAUGGACCAUGAGAGUCAGCCAACCCAAGACCUAUUAGGGCUUUCAGAGCAUUGUGGCCAGGCUACACUGGUGCUCACACCCCAAGGCACGGGCUUUUCAUGCCCACCCUACUUUUUCUAAAAAGUGUACAACUUACUCUGAAGGCUGAGAUGUGAAAUUCAGAAUGUGGGCCCCAGAACUCCUGCAUUCCAGUGAGAAGAAAGCUGGACUGUCUGCUUUUGCUAACUGGAUUUGAAGGCCUACGAUGAAUCUGGAGCUUUGCUGAAGAUUUAACGCCCCCUGGAGGACAUUAUUAUAAUAGAUCUCUGUAAGUACUGCCGUAAAAAGAUGCCUACCUGAAUAGAGCCCCCACUCUUUUCCCCCUAAAGAACAGGAAAAUCAAGCCUUUGCUAAGAUAACCCUUUAAAUUUUUAAAUAAAUUGUAUCUGUUUGAGUGUGUGAGUCACAUUCAUUUUUGCAAAGCUUUCACAAAUUGCAUAAUCCAUUCCAGGUUGCUCCUCUAAAAUUUUUACUAGUAAGAGCUUAUUUUGCUGAUGACCAAUUAGUCAAGUGUAAGUAUUAUAUAUAGGAAAAAUCUCUGAGGAGUGUUUUAGUAUAGUUGUAUUCUCGCUCAGAUAUGGCACAGUUAAAUUCCAAUGUUUUAGUUUGUAAUUCUCUGCAUACAAAGAGUUAAGAGGUGCCUCCUAGGUUCAAAAUUAUCCCCUUGCUUGAUUUUUAUAUGUAGAUUUUUAGUGAAUGGUGCCAUAAAUGCAAGUGCUUUU